AUGGCCGAAGUGUCGUUUGACGUGGGCUUAGGCCUGGAUGCCACUCACGUAUUGAUCACGGGAUCCUCUGGCGCUAUAGGAACCGUGCUAGUUAGAGCAUUUCUGGCGGCUGGAGCGUAUGUGUCAGCGUUUGACCUCGUCCACCCACGAGAGCCUCUUGAGCAUGAACGGCUCCAGACGCAUCAGGCCGAUAUUACAGACGAGGCCUCCCUAGAGAGCGCGCUCGAAUCAGCCAGAGAGAGAUAUGGCGUGAUCACAACCUGCGUAUUGGCAGCCGGGGUGGAUCUGUCCUACUGUCAGCAUAGUUCACUUGUCGACAUGCCGCUGAAGGAGUGGCAGAGAAUCUUGAACGUCAACCUAACUGGCACUUUUCUUACCUGUCGCGCUUGGCUCCGAGGCAUCAAGAGCCACGCGACAUCUCAGAGUCGCAAUAUCUCGGCCAUCAUCUUUGGGAGCGAAGCAGGAACCUUUGGCGUGGCUGACUGCGCCGCAUACGCAGCCUCCAAAUCGGCAAUCCAGUAUGGGCUGGUGAAGUCUCUUGCCCGCGACGCAGUCAACAUCCAUCCACGAUGCCGCGUCAAUGCCGUUGCACCAGGGCCCGUUGCAACAAAGCAAUUCUCGAAAGAAUGCGAGGACGAUCCAAUCACUUUGUGGCGCGAGGCUCAAGCAACCGUGGCCUUGAAGCAGGCGGUCCCAUUGGAAGCUGUUGCAAGAGCUUGUUUGUUCCUUGCUAGCGAAAACUUCGCGGGCAACAUGACUGGACAGAUCGUGCCGGUGGAUUCUGGGAAGAGUGGCGCCCUGAUGUGGCCAGAAGCACCGCUUCCUUGA